UUGCUUCGGGAAUGUUCGGGUACGCUCGGAAUACUUCCGCUGUUAUGAGACAUUUUAUUGGAGGAGCCUGCAGUGACGUAACGUCACAAAGGUUGUUGCGCGUGCGCCUGACGAAUGAACCGAACCAAACCAAACCAACCUCUGAAAUUCGUACAAACAACCUUGACUUGUUCAUUUUAGACAGUGGCGUAGCCAAGGGGGGGGGGGCGAAGGGGGCCAUGGCCCCCCCCUUGAGAGCAAAAAUUUGAAAGAAAACAUGCAAAAAUGGACGUUUUUUCGUUGUUUGGACCCAUUUUUUCCAAAAUUUUCGCUCUCGCUUCGCUCGAGCAGUAAUUUUGCCUUCAUUUUCAUAAAAUCACCACACAUUACAAUAGAUUUCCAGAAAAUUACCCCUCAUUUCGAUUUUUAUGCCUAAAAAUCUGGUUUUGCCCCCUCCUUAAGAAAAUCCUGGCUACGCCACUGAUUUUAGAAAAUUGGAAUUUCGGACGCCGAGUUCGCUCCUUCAGUUUUACGAUGUCUUGCGGUAAUUUUUUUCACGUAAAUGGUGUAAGUAGUGAAUUUUUAUUUCGAAUUCGCGUUAACUAAUGCAUUUGAUGGUCAAAAAGUGUUUGUUUGCUACGUGAAAGAUCGCAAUGAACGUGUUCCACCAUACUCAGUAAAGUACCUUACCGGUUACAGUGAACGGAAGAUUAUUUUGAAGUAUUAUACAAACGAUUUUGUGAUCGAAGACGUCAAUUACCUUACCGUCGUUAGUCGUUACAGAAUUAGUAAAUGUUGGUAAUAAGGCGAGUUGUGCUAAAGGAUCCAAAACGUACUGUGUUGAACUAUUGAAUCGCAGUGAACAUGUUCCUACACUAGUUACCUAGAACCUAGAACGGUGCAGCCGCCGGUCGGGCUCUUGGCAGCGAAAGAAACUUGAUACGAUUACGGAAAACGCAAUAUUUUAUGAUCGUAGACGACAUUAAUCUCAUUCUCUUUCGGUGUGGUGUAGGUACAGCAAUCAAUAAUAAUAGUGUGGCGUCAUGAACACUGCGGAUGAAAUGAUGGUUACCUCAUCAACUAAUACUGUCGAUAUCGAUAUCGAAGUAUCUGAAAUUUACACGUUAACGGUACCGAUAACUGAUACGUUGGAUCAAUCCGAUGACUGCAGCAUUCGUAAAACUGGCAUCAAUAAUUACAAGAAAAUACCGGUAGUUGUAACUUACUGCUCGCCUGCAGAAAAUUCUAAUACAAUUCGAGCGGUUUCUCUGCAGCAUGCUGUAAUGUUUGCAUUUCGUGUACAAGAUUCGAAUCCAUUCGAAACGUUUGUGCCGGAUAAGCAUGUUGAUGUUUUUAAAACAGCGUUUAAUUACAUGAAACUUGUACGAAAAUUACCGGUCGUUAAUGAGUUUUCAUUAAUGGAGAUUUUGGCGCAAUUGCAUCGUGUACCGUUAGCUGAAUUGUGGAGGAAAACCGAGCCGGAGUUGCAAUCUUUACGUGCGUUACACGAAUAUUUGGUACGAGAAAAGGCCGGCGGCGGAAUCACCGAACGUUAUCAAAAUAUCGAACGAGAAUUCGAGCAAAUGCUAGCAGCCGUUAAUGAAGUCGAUUGGGUUUCAAAUCCGAAGUUGACCCAAGAAUUGAUUUGGCGAGAUGAAAUAAGGCACCACGAGUACGCGAUUGAAACGUUGAAGACUGCAUUAAAUUCAGUACCUGAUACCAUGGUAAAAGUUACCCCUGCUGCUCCACAGCCAGAAGCAUUGGAUACUACCAAUGCCUCAGUAAAAGUUAGUCAUGCUACACAACCGGCCAAAGCAUUGGAUACUACUGAUGCCUCAGUAAAAGUUACUCAUGCUACUCAACAGCCCAAAGCAUUGGAUACUGAUGCCAAAGACGCCAAAGUAGAAAAAUCUGUUCAUGCUAAGCGACGGCUAAAAGCAAUGACUGAUGCCAAAUUGAAAGAUACUCAUGCUACCAGACAGCCGAAAGCAUUGGAUACUGAUGCAUCAGUAAAAAUUACUCAUGCUACUCGAUUGUCAAAAGCAUUAGAUAAAGUACCUGAUACCUUGGUAAAAGUUACCCCUGCUGCUCCACAGCCAGAAGCAUUGGAUACUACUGAUGCCUCAGUAAAACUCACUCAUGCUACUCAACCGCCCAAAGGAUUGGAUACUACUGAUGCCUCAGUAAAAGUUACUCAUGCUACUCAAUGGCCCAAAGCAUUGGAUACUGAUGCCAAAGACACCAAAGUAGAAAAAUCUGUUCAUGCUAAGCGACGGCUAAAAGCAAUGACUGAUGCCAAACUGAAAGAUACUCAUGCUACUCGACAGCCCAAAGCAUUGGAUACUGAUGCAUCAGUAAAAAUUACUCAUGCUACUCAAUUGUCAGAAGCAUUAGAUAAAGUACCUGAUACCUCGGUAAAAGUUACCCCUGCUACUCAACUGCUGAAAGCAUUAGAUACUACUGAUGCCUCAGUAAAAGUUACUCAUGCUACUCAACCGCCCACAGCAUUGGAUAUUAAUGCCGAAAUAGAACAAUUUCAUGCUUCGCAACAGCUACUAGCAUUGGCUGAUGCCAAAUUAAAAGCUACUGAUGCCACUCGACAGCCCAAAGCAUUGGAUACUGAUGCCUCAGUAAAAAUUACUCAUGCUACUCGACAGCCAAAAGCAUUAGAUAAAGUCCCUCAUAUCUCGGUAAAAGUUACCCCUGCUACUCAACAGCUAAAAGCAUUAAAUACCGAUGUCCCAAUAAGAGAUGCUCUUGUUACUCGACAGAGAAAAGAAUUGCUCACCGAUGCCUCAGUAAAAAUUACUCAUGCUACUGGACAGCCAACCGUGCUAGAUAAAGUCCAUGACACCUCAGUGAAAAUUACCCCCGCUACUCAACAGCUAAAUGCAUUAAAUACUGAUGCCCGGAUGAGAGUUGAUCUUGCUACUCAACCGCCCAAAGAAUUGGAUAUGAAUGCCAAAAUAGAAAAAUUUCAUGUUUUGGGAUGGCUACAAGCAUUGCCUGAUGCCAAAGUAAAAGCUACUCAUGCUACUCGACAGCCCAAAGCAUCGGAUACUGAUGCCUCAGUAAAAAUUACUCAUGCUACUCGACAGCCAAAAGCAUUAGAUAAAGUCCCUGAUACCUCGGUAAAAGUUACCCCUGCUACUCAACUGCUGAAAGCAUUGGAUACUACUGAUGCCUCAGUAAAAGUUACUCAUGCUACUCAACUGCCCAAAGCGUUGGAUAUUGAUGCCAAAAUAUUGGAUAUUGAUGCCAAAAUAGAAAAAUAUUAUCCUUCGCAUUGGCAACAGCUACAAGCAUUGCGUGAUGCCAAAUUAAAAGCUACUCGUGCUACUCAACAGCCCAAAGCAUUGGAUAUGGAUACUGAUGCUUCAGUAAAAAUUACUCAUGCUACUCGACAGCCAAAAGCAUUAGAUAAAUUUCCUGAUAUCUCGGUAAAAGUUACCCCUGCUACUCAACAGCUAAAAGCAUUAAAUACCAAUGUCCCAAUAAGAGAUACUCUUGUUACUCGACAGAGAAAAGAAUUGCUCACCGAUGCCUCAGUAAAAAUUACUCAUGCUACUCGACAGCCAACAGCAUUAGAUAAAUUUCCUGAUAUCUCGGUAAAAGUCACCCCCACUACUCAACAGCUAAAAGCAUUAAAUACGGAUGUCCCAAUAAGAGAUACUCUUGUUACUCGACAGAUGAAAGAAUUGCUCACCGAUGCCUCAGUAAAAAUUACUCAUGCUACUCGACAGCCAACAGCGUUAGAUAAAGUCCCUGAUAUCUCUGUAAAAGUUACCUCCGCUACUCAACAGCUGAAAGCAUUAAACACUGAUGCUCCGAUUAGAGUUAGUCUUGCUAUUCAACCGCCCAAAGCAUUGGAUACUACUGAUGCCUCAGUAAAAGUUACUCAUGCUACUCAACCACCCAAAGAAUUGGAUCCUGAUGCCACAGUAAAAAUGUUCUAUGCUAUGCGACGGCUACAAGCAUUGGCUGAUGCCAAAGUAAAAGCUACUCAUGUUACUCGACAGCCCAAAGCAUUGGAUACUGAUGCCUCAGUAAUAAUUACUCAUACUACUCAACCGCCCAAAGCAGUGCUUACUGAUACCGAAGUAAAAUUAAUUCAUGCUAUGCGACAGCUAAAGGCAUUGAUUGAUGCCGAAGAAAAAGCUACUCGUGCUACUAGACAGCCCAAAGCAUUGGAUACUGAUGCCUCAGUAAAAAUUACUCAUGCUACUCGACAGCCAACAGCAUUAGAUAAAGUCCCCGAUACCUCUGUAAAAGUUACUCCCGCUACUCAACAGCCAAAAGCAAUAGAUUCAUUACUUGAUCCUUUGGUGGAAUUUGCCCGUGCUUAUUCACUGUCACCAGCAUUUAAAACGAAAUAUAUGGAAAGAUUUGGCGCAUCCGCCGCUAAACAACUCUACGAUUUAUCCAUUGAAUUACAAUUGAAAUAUAAAGAAGCAUUAUCGAAACCGUAUCCCUGGAGUGAUCAUUCAUCUAGUGAACUAUUAAGUCCUCCAAUAUUCUGCGGAGAUCGUACUUUACAAGAGCGAUACGAUUUAUUAACACGCCGAUCUGGAAGCUCGAUAGUUCAGAAAAUCACCUACGAAAAUAAGACAUAUCACUUAGCGAUCGAUGGUGGAUUAAUUGUGUGGAAUUGUCGUACCGAUCCGAAGCCUGCGCGGUUCAUGAGAUGUUUUUCCUUCCGAGAUGCUACGAUAUCUGCACUUACUUCGUUAUUUACCGGAGCUUUUUUGAUUCCAUUCAAAUACGGCCUAUGGAUGAGUUACGUGUGUCGCAAACCCUUAUGCGGAAAAGUAUGGAGAUUUGCAUCAGAACGAGAUGCCCAUGAAAUAGAAGUCGAAGAAAUAGUAAUUCAUGGACAGAGAAGGAAAAAGUGUCAUUAUUCGCACGCUGAAGCGUUACAAGAUUGGAAGUUAUGGAGAAAUGGCGACGCUACACCUCCCCAUGCUGAUACUUCUCACGCACCUACGUUUUAUGAUUUUGACGAUAUUACUGAUGAUGAAGGUAAUGAUGAUCCACCUUUGAAACGAAGACGUUAUUGAAUCUUUUUGUAAUUUUUGUGAAGUUAUGUAUCAUUUUGAUGAUGCUGGUCUGUUUUGUUUGUUGUUGGUUUUCUUUUUUUUUUUUUAACAUUUUCUUCCAUCAUGUUAUUUUUUGACAUCUGUAAGCAAUUGUAGCGAAAUUGUGUCCUAUUUUACUUGAUUUGUCAUCUUAGUUUUUGAAAACCUUCAGUAACCGGUUCGUCAUGUUGACUGUUAAUUCAAUUUUCGGUGAUAUUUCUUUAUUUUUUGGUAGUUUUCUAUAAUUUUGGAGAUUUUUACGCAUUUUUUUCUGCUGUUUUAACCAGUUAAGGAGAAAGGGAUGAACAAAGAGAGGGUUCCAAGUUUUCGAUAAUUUGAAACUAAACAUUGAAGGAAAAAGUUUUAUGGAAUUACAAAAUGAAAUUCUUGUCAAAAAAAUAGUUGAUAUUGCAUUAAAAGUACGAGCCUCAGAUUUCUGCAGUUUUUUUUAUGCUUAUCGAGCAUUUUUGAAUUUACAGUUUAUUCGAAUUUCAAUUCUUUUUCAUGUAGUAUAAAAAAAUAUUAAUUUCUCUCAAAAUUAUGUCAAAUAUUGAAACAUUGUAUCGCGUUGUAUUGUGUUUUUGAAUUUUUUUUAGCUGUAUUAACUUACUGAUUUUAACUAUGUCGAGUUUAAACCGUCGCGUCGUCAAAUUGUGAAAAGGUUCGUGGAUUUUUAUAAUAAUUUCGCAGUUCCGAGGUUUUUUGUCUGCUUCUAGAAGUUUUUAACUUGUUUUUUUGUUCAUUUUAUUCAUUUUAACUAGUUUAAAGGUGUUUUAUAUAAUUUUACCGAUGUCGAUCAGAAGUUUGAUGAUUUUUUAUUGAUUUUAUUGGGUUACCGAUUUUUUUUUUUGUUUUUGUUUUUUAGCAUCACGAUUGUAGGUGUCGCAUUUUUUAUUUUUUUGCAGUCAUUUUAAAUGUAUUUUUUCACGAUCGUUUUCAUUUAAUUUUUCGUGAUGAUUUUGAAUGCAUUUUUUUGUUUUUUUUUUUUCAAUUUUAAAUGGAUUUUUUGAGGCGAUUUCGAAUUCAUUUUUUAUGGUGCUUCGAAAGGAUUUUACUGUGGAAUAAAAUUCUAAAUGAAUUGCUUAGUGAUCAUUUCAGAUAAAUACUUAGAUAUUUAAAGAUGAUAGGGGGCUUGCUCGGCGCCUCAAUAUUGGUACGGGCCAGAGGUUGGUGCGUACGGACCUGUCGACCGAGCUCGGACUGCCCUUGUAGCCGUCCUAGGCGAGGUUAGGGUAGAAAUCCGUGCGCCGUCUACUUGCUUACUGCUUCCCGGCGGUACACGUGCCGACCGGGGUUUCUACAGGAUCGGCUUAUCAAAGAGGAUGUAGGCUGGCGCCUUUCAGGCGGUCUGUUAUCACACUUCGUACGAGUGUAACUUGUAUUCCUACGCUGCGCUGACGUCAGCGUGUUGUAAAUUUUACCCUCGUACGAAGUUAUAAUAUGACCUGUCUGCGGGGUUAGCUAUAUACCUUGCCUUGAGGAUCAAGUUCAGCCUAUCCCGCAGUGUUGGCGAUUUGGUCGAAUGCCAUGACAGAGUCAUGAACAUUCUACAGCACUGCCGGUGGUGAGUGUAGGGAAUUGAGAUAUGUUCCAGAGAGUCCGGCCCGACAAAGGGUUCGAUUCGCUGGACUGUUGAGAGUGCAAGAAGAGCGGGUGUCGAUCUGGAUUUUUAUGCUUUGUUUGAAUCUAGUUAAAGGUGUAAGGUUUUUCCGUCAUCGUAAUGUGGGAGAGUAUUUGAAAAUUGAUCUAUUGAAAUGAUUAGCAUCGAACUUUCUAGGAAUGUGUUUUAGUCAUCAUUGUGGUCGGAUGGGAGAUGACUGGGGUUCGAUUUUGGUACUGUGGGCAGAGUCAGUGGUACAAGUGAGUCGUUACUAUGUUACUUAUGUUUAAGUUAGUUUACACACAUCGAUCCAGGUGAGUGGUUUUAUUUUAAUUACUUAUUGAUUACUUUAUUUUUGUCAAUUUUGAGAUGAAAGAUAAGUGAGGAGCAAAAUUGUUGAUCAUUCAUGCUGGUUUAUGAUGAAGUUCGUGGAGAAAUUAAAAUUAGCCCCCCCUCCCGCCCCUCUUGUUUUUAUGUGUAUUAUGUUUAUGUUGUAUCAUUUCUGUUUUGUUUUUUUUUGUUGAAAAUUUGUAUCAUACCACAUGUUAUUAUUAUUCGUGUAUUUUUGUAAUGGCCAAUCAUGGUUUUUCACUGUCCAGCGGCCGGCAGUGUUUUUUAUUCCAGAUUGGUCAACGUGUUGUAGAAUUAAGUUUGUAUUGAUUUCUUUGCCGUUAAAAAAUUGAAACGAUUUUUGUUU